UGGCCAAUUCAGUUUCGGUCUACCCUCGGAGCUCUUGAGAGUGCGCGCGCGAUCCCAGCCAUACUAUACGGAGUGUUUUUCAUUUGGAUGUGUGAAUUUUUUUUUUCGGCAAGAGUGCCAUUUGCAAGGGGGAAGAAACUAGUUUAAUUACGUCAUAACAGUAAUUACUAUUAGGGAAACGGCAUUGGACUAUGUGUUUUGCUACGCGCUUCGCUUCACAAUAGAAGAUAGUCACGUCGAACAGGCGAAAACUGCGCGUUUGCAAGCUGAAUUGAAGGAAAAUUUACUGUGCUGGCUUUGGCGAAACCAAGCCAAUUUAUUUACUGACGGAGAUAUCUAUUUGAAGAAAUCGAUCUGCGAUGUUGGUGUAUUGCCUCCAGAUCGAUGUUCUCCCAUCCGGACCAGUGCCGCAUCCUCACCAUCUGCAUCAUAUGCACCAACAGUAGCAUUGAGUAGAACCAGCGUGUGAAACCCAAAGGCCAAAGAGAGGAACUGCAUCAGCUUCUCUCACCACUCGACGAGCCAGUCAUAGGAGGUAUAGGUUCCGACAAUCCGAGUUGCAGCUUGGAAAACCCCAGACAGAACGAGUUCGAAUCAGUCGCUGUGCAACAGCCGCGUACUCAAGAUCGUUGUUUUCGUCGUCUUAGUUGCAGUCGUCACUCCCUGGACUGCAUUUUUUCUGCAUCUCUUCUUUCACACCGCUCUUACGUCUAUCGGUUCGUCUCUUUCGGUAACGUAUACGCGAGAAAAGAGUAGCAUCAUCGACCGUGGAUAAUGGCUGGAGUUAUGAUGGCUCAAGUUUUAUCAACACCUCGAGACUUCACGGAUAAUAAAGUUAAAGAGGACAAUGCCUACGGACAUACAGCAACAUCAGUGCCGAUUUCGUACCACACGGAAGUUGCCCGGCUCGAGUCGUUCCGGGGCUGGAUGGUGUCCUUCAUCAGCAAGACUGAACUGGCCCGGUACGGUUUCUACUACGUGGGGCCAAAUGACAUGGUAAAAUGUUACUUCUGCCGAGUGGAAAUCGGUCUGUGGGAGCCGAACGACAACGUCCUCUCGGAACACCUGAGAUGGUCCCCGUACUGUCCGCUCCUACGCAAACGACAGACAAACAAUGUUCCAAUAGAUGCCAGCUUUCUGGAUCAGCUCCCGGAACCAAGCUACGACACAUGUGGUAUUAGGAUACGAGAAAACUCCGUAGCGGAAAAUGCCUAUUCCUCUUCGGAUCGAAGCAGUAGUGGUUCCCUAACAUCGCCUCCUAGCUCGCUAACGUCCGAGUCUAGUAUGGCAUCGAAUGGACCAGUCGUUCAGCAACUAUCAGCACCGGUUCUGCCCCAACAGAAGCUACCGGAAUAUCCGAACUAUGCCAUCGAAGCGAAACGCCUUGAAAGCUACGAAGAUUGGCCAAAGUUCAUGAAACAGAAACCCAAGGAACUUAGUGAUGCCGGAUUUUUCUACACUGGCAAAAGUGAUCGGGUCAAGUGCUUCAGCUGUGGCGGUGGCCUCAAAGACUGGGAAGCUGAAGAUGAACCGUGGGAGCAACACGCCAUGUGGUAUAGUAACUGUGAGUACCUGAAACUAAUGAAGGGCGAAGCAUACAUCGCUCAUUGUUUGGCCAAGAAGGAAAGUUCUUCGGAAGAGAACGGCUCAGAUGUGGGCCCGUCCAACUCGCCCCAACCAUCGACCUCCGGAGUAGUCUCCGCAGCAACAUCCUCGCUUCAGUCAUCUCAGUCGUCGAGCUUGAGUGUAUCUGCCGAAGAAGACAAUACUGCCAUGGUCGGCUGCAGUAGUGAUGAAGAUGAACCAAAUAGAAAACUAGACACCAGUCGGACUUGCAAAAUCUGUUACGUUAAUGAGUACAAUACGGCAUUUUCGCCCUGUGGCCAUGUUGUGGCCUGUGCCAAAUGCGCUUCAUCUGUCACCAAGUGUCCGUUGUGUCGGAAACCUUUCACCAAUGUUAUGAGGAUUUAUCUGAUGUGAGAGUCCUAACCGUUACAAUGCAUGGUCCUGAGAAUAGGAAUUCAAGUGACUCGCUCACUGCCCGUAAAUGUCUACUGAACAGAAAACAGAGAAAUAGUGUUUUAUUGGUGGACCGCGUUUCCUGGACCGAUGAUCGGUGACAACUAAAAGUAAAAAAGUUAAUU